AAGAAAAUCUGAAAAUGAGAAGCAAUGGCAGUUCCUGCUCGAUUUUCUUUUCCUAUGCUCUUUCUGCUUUCUUCGUUACUUCACAUCAGCGUCUCCGCCGGUCCACCUCAGAUCUCCCCCAGCCCUUCCCCCUCUUUGCCCGCCGUCUCUGCGUCUUCGUCUCUGGCUCCGUCUCCGUCUCCUCUCGUUUCCUCUUCUGCUCCUUCCCCUGCUCCUGCCAGUUCACCCUUGGGUUUCUCGCCUCCCGCACCUUCUCCCGACAAUCAAAGUCCUACUCCCUCUCCCUCGCUCUCUCCCUCCCUGUCUCCGUCCCCGUCCCCGUCUCCGUCUCCUGCGCCGGAGCCUGCUGAUGGUGAUGUAGUUAGCCACACUGGUGUAGCCGACGAAGAAGGUCUAGUGGACAGUUCAUCGGGAGGAAUGAAUGCUGGCAAGAAGGCCGGUGUAGCACUUGGAGUUAUCGCGGCGGCCGGUGUGGUUGUGUUGGCGGCUUUGGUAUACAGGAAGCGCCAGCAGAAUAUCCGGCGAUCUCAGUACGGACACGCGGCUAGGAGAGAGAUUCUGUAGGAUGCUUUAUACAAUUGUAUCUCAUUGCUUUUGCCCGGAGGUUAUGCUCUUCCAGCCGUCUCUAUAUUGUUACAAUAGGUUCUUUUUUAUACUCUUCUCCAUGUUAUAUUCAUCACAUUGGCCCUACCUGAUGAUAGGAAUUCAUAUUCAUUCGAGAUUCUUUAUGUCGGUGAUUUUGUGACUAUUGAAACAUUUGUUUCCGAUCUCAAACUAUCACUUUCUGAUUUUUCGUUGGUACCGAUUGUAAUGGAUGUGAUGAAAAUUCAUUAUGUUACGAUCAAUACGAUUCCUCCAUGGUCUCUACCGCAACUAUGCUUUUUAUUCACUCCUGGCAGUUUUAUAGGACUCCUUAUGUAUCCUUUUAUUAUUGGAAUCGAGCAUUGAAAGAAAUUGAAGUUG